AUGGAUACUCUCUUUAGACUAGUCAGUCUCCAACAACAACAACAAUCCGAUAGUAUCAUUACAAAUCAAUCUUCGUUAAGCAGAACCUCCACCACCACUACUGGCUCUCCACAAACUGCUUAUCACUACAAUCACAACAACUUUCCACAAAACGACGUCGCCGAAGAAUGCUUCAACUUUUUCAUGGAUGAAGAAGACCUUUCCUCUUCUUCUUCUCACCACAACCAUCACCACAGCACCUACUACUCUCCUUUCACUACCCCCACCCAAUACCAUCCCGCCACGUCUUCAACACCUUCCUCCGCCGCUGCUGCCUCCACGGCCGCAUUAGCCUCUCCUUACUCUUCCUCCGGCCACCACCACGAUCCAUCCGCUUUCUCCAUCCCUCAAACUCCUCCGUCCUUCGACUUCUCUGCCAAUGCCAAGUGGGCUGACUCGAUCCUCCUCGAAGCCGCACGUGCCUUCUCCGACAAAGACACCACACGUGCGCAACAAAUCCUAUGGACGCUCAACGAGCUCUCUUCUCCAUACGGAGACACCGAGCAAAAACUCGCUUCCUACUUCCUCCAAGCUCUCUUCAACCGCAUGACCGGUUCAGGAGAACGAUGCUACCGAACCAUGGUAACCGCUGCAGCCACCGAGAAGACUUGCUCCUUCGAGUCAACGCGCAAGACCGUGCUCAAGUUCCAAGAAGUUAGCCCCUGGGCCACGUUUGGACACGUGGCGGCUAACGGAGCGAUCUUGGAAGCAGUAGACGGAGAGGCAAAGAUCCAUAUCGUUGACAUAAGCUCCACGUUUUGCACUCAAUGGCCGACUCUACUAGAAGCUUUAGCCACCAGAUCAGACGACACGCCACACCUCAGGCUAACCACAGUAGUGGUCGCUAACAAAUUCGUCAACGAUCAAACGGCGUCGCAUCGGAUGAUGAAAGAGAUUGGAAACCGCAUGGAGAAAUUCGCUAGGCUCAUGGGAGUGCCUUUUAAAUUCAGCAUUAUCCAUCACGUUGGAGAUUUAUCUGAGUUUGAUCUCAACGAGCUCGAUGUUAAACCGGACGAAGUCUUGGCCAUCAACUGCGUCGGCGCGAUGCAUGGGAUCGCGUCUCGAGGAAACCCUAGAGACGCUGUGAUAUCGAAUUUCCGACGGUUAAGACCGAGGAUUGUGACGGUCGUGGAAGAAGAAGCUGAUCUUGUUGGUGAAGAAGAAGGCUUUGAUGAUGAGUUCUUGAGAUCGUUUGGAGAGUGUUUGCGUUGGUUUAGGGUUUGCUUCGAGUCGUUGGAAGAGAGUUUUCCGAGGACGAGCAACGAGAGGUUGAUGCUAGAGCGUACGGCGGGACGUGCGAUCGUUGAUUUGGUGGCUUGUAAGCCGUCGGACUCGACGGAGAGGAGAGAGACGGCGAGGAAAUGGUCGAGGAGGAUGAGGAACGGUGGGUUUGGGGCGGUGGGGUAUAGUGACGAGGUGGCGGAUGACGUCAGAGCUUUGUUGAGGAGAUAUAAAGAAGGUGUUUGGUCGAUGGUACAGUGUUCUGAUGCUGCCGGAAUAUUCCUUUGUUGGAGAGAUCAGCCGGUGGUUUGGGCUAGUGCGUGGAGGCCAACGUGA